AUGGCUUCCCCACCAAGAAGUUCCUUGGCUCCUUCCGAUGCCUCGAACGAUCCCCGGAGUCAUGUCUUCCUUAUGGAUGACAGAGAACACCACAGCAAGUCGUCUACGCAAUCCAACGAUUUCAAUAUACCUCCUGCUGUUCCCACCCUCAGUUUUAGUGUCACAUACGACACUCUGAAUCACGGCGUCGAGUUGUUGGACCCCCACCGAGCUUCCAAUCAGUAUCCGCCCCAACUGAACUUCAAUCCAACAUCUCACCCAGGCUCGGGCCCUCGCCGGGGAUCAUUCUCAGAUAUCUUACCUCACGGUCACACUCCGCCUCCGCCUAUCAAUGCAGGCAUGCCCACUGUGCAAGCUGGCAGGCCGGACCUUCCCACAGGCGUCAACGCCGGAGUAGACGAUGUGCAGACCGAUAGCGACCCUGAAUUUCGAUAUUCCGUACCAUCCUUGAGUAUGAAUCAGACUCAGACUCCCUCUUCUGUUACUAACGCCGACGACGCCGACAAGGACACAGUUGUUAUUGUUGGCGGGGUUGCGACAUCCGGUAUUGCUAGGGAAGGGAGUACACCGACAGCAGGGGUUAGUCAAAGCGCUGUGCCUGGCAGAAACAAGCAAUAUGUCCUCCCCAACGGUGCAGUGGUCUCUGGUAAGGGUCUAGGUCGAGGCAGACCGGGCAUCAAACGGGGGCCUCGAAGCACCAAGGCUGCAGGUGGUGACCAAAACUUACCCCAAGUGGUACCGGCAAACGCUACGGACCAGCCUUCUUACCACUUUGUACCUCCUAGCAAGAAAAGAAAGAGUGGUGCUUCCGACACUUCAGAGUCUAAUAAUCAGCGUGCGUCGACUUCGGCAUCGACGGCCACCCCAUCCAGAGAGAGCUCAGAAGAAUACACUCCGUCUGGACAGACUCGAUCCGGAAGGCAAAUACAAAAGCUCAUCACCCUUCGCGACGGUACUCCUGUGCAGGCGAGUCCAUCAAGGAAACUAUCUCGCAACAAUUCUACCGCCAAUACAAUGUCCAAUUCCCCCGCCUCCAUAAAAACCCACCCAAAGAUCAAACGCAGGGUGUAUCGCGGACGUGAGCAGUUUGCGCUUUGUGAGCAUUGUAUGCGUGGACAUGGUCCUCCCGGAAACGUGAUUGUCUUCUGUGAUGCAUGCAACAAGUGCUGGCAUCAACGUUGCCAUGAACCACAGAUCUCUCCGCACACGGUAGCUGACUCCAAAGCCGAAUGGUUCUGCUCUGAAUGUGACCGAAUUCUACACGGCAAAAAGAAGGACAAGAAGGCAAAUGGGAAGACGAGUGUCCAAGCCACAAUCGUGGCACCUCCUAUCGUCCAGCAGAAACCCACAUUUACAGGGCCACGAGUAGGAGGUCGUUUCCUCCGACCCGAGCAAAAGGAAGCCUACCUCAAGACCCUUUCCAGGGAUGAUCUCUUGUUGUUAGUUCUGCAUGCAUCAGACCUGGCACCGGACUUGCCUUUGUUCCAAACACUAGCACCACCGCCUCCUCCUCCUCCUCCUCCUCCUCCACAAUUGGCGAUGCCACAGGCGCAGUUCACUUCUACCUACGUGACACCGGUCUCGAAGGUGCCUUCGUUUGGGGCCAACGAAGUGGGUGAGGACAACGAGGUAGAUGAAGGCUACGAUGGAUACUUUGAUGAGCAUGCCGCCUUGUAUCCCAAGCCUGGAAAUGGAGUGCAAUUGCCGCCAGAGAGCGAGGAUUUACAUAUUUUGCUGGAGGGUAAAGACUGCAGAACUUUUAGUCACUGGGUGCAAGGGAUGCCCGGGAAUCUGUUCAGCGGGUCGGGUAAUGUCUCUUCGACAAUAUACUGA